CCGAAAAUAAUAAUAACUCCAAAAACAGAGUGAAAAUUUUAAAUUAAAACUAAAAAGUCAAAAUGUUUGUGCAACACUUUAGGAGUUGAACAUAAUUGAAAAAGAGCUGCGAAAUAAAUUAUAAAAGUGGGCAAACAGACCGUAUAUAUUAAAAGCUGAAACAAACCUGAAAAAUAAACCAUAGAUGAACACCAAUCCAAUUAGCUUAAUAGCAGAAGUGCUUAUUGUUGGUUUCUCGAGUGUGAAUUACACGAAAUAAUAAUUUAUGCUUAGCAAAUACGCCUUUAUCAAUCAAAAUCUAAUAACGAAUUUUUGUUAAAACAUCAAAGUCAACGCUUAAAGUAAAAGCAAUAACAGCGGCAAGAAAAAUCGACCAAUCUGCCAACAAGUAAAAGUACUAAAAUACCAAAAUCAUCGAAAGUAACAAAUUAAAUUUGGUUUUAGCCAUAAAGAGCAAAGAGGAGAGGAAGGAAAAGGCCGAAAAGAAACAAAAGAAAAUAAAGAGAAAGAGGCGCCAGAGGAGCAGGUGAAACAGGUGGACGCAGGAGAUUCACCCACCCAAAAACCAUCAUCGCCAGCAGGUGACAGCCAAGCAGAAAGUAAGCACAAACAUGUCAAGUGAUUCGAGUCGAAAGAUCCAGGUGCCCGAUGAGCUGAAGGAGGUGCUGUUGCAGUUCUCGAUCUCCUUCCUGGUGGAACAGCCCCCGGAUGUGAUCGACUAUGCCGUGGAUUACUUCACCAAACUGCAGUCCGAACGUCCGAGCGGAGGCCACACAGACAUAAGUACCGAUGACCAACUGAGCGUCAACUCACAGGAUGCCGAUGCGGAACCCCCAAUGGUGGCCAGCUCGCGCCGCAAAUCAGUUUUCGCCGAGGCCUACGAUCCGGAGGCGGAUGACGACGACGAUGGUGCCACCGCCGUGUUCCCCAAGACAGACGAACAGCGGGCCCGACUGGUGGAGUCGGUGAAGAACGUCCUCCUCUUCCGAUCCCUCGAAAAGGAGCAGAUGAACCAAGUCCUGGAUGCCAUGUUCGAGCGGAAGGUUCAGCCGGGCGACUAUAUCAUCCGCCAGGGCGACGACGGCGAUAACUUUUAUGUUAUUGAAUCUGGCGUCUACAAAGUGUAUAUUAAUGACAAGCACAUUAACACCUACAAUCACACUGGACUUUUCGGUGAAUUAGCGCUGCUCUACAACAUGCCCAGAGCGGCCACCGUGCAGGCGGAAACGAAUGGUCUACUUUGGGCCAUGGAUCGCCAGACCUUCCGACGCAUCCUGUUGAAGUCGGCCUUCAGGAAGAGGAAAAUGUACGAGGAGCUGUUGAACAGCGUGCCCAUGCUGAAGGCCUUGCAGAACUACGAACGCAUGAAUCUGGCGGAUGCUUUGGUUUCAAAGAGCUACGACAAUGGCGAGCGCAUCAUCAAGCAGGGCGAUGCCGCCGAUGGCAUGUACUUCAUCGAGGAGGGCACCGUGUCCGUGCGCAUGGACCAGGACGACACCGAGGUGGAGAUUUCGCAGCUGGGCAAGGGCCAGUACUUUGGCGAGCUGGCGCUGGUGACACAUCGACCCCGAGCCGCCUCCGUCUACGCCACGGGCGGAGUUGUCAAGCUAGCAUUCCUCGAUGUGAAGGCAUUUGAGCGUUUGCUGGGUCCCUGCAUGGAUAUUAUGAAGCGCAACAUUGACGACUACGAGUCGCAGUUGGUGAAGAUAUUUGGCAGCAAAAACAAUAUCACCGAUACACGAUAAAAAGUCUGAACAACCAACCAACAAAAACCACCAUCAGCAGCUACAACAAACAGCUAUAAACAACUAUAACUGAAAAGUAAAGGUCACUUGCAGGCUUCUUAGGAUUUUAUUUUGUAACCAUGUUUCUUUAAAAUUGAGCAAUACUACAGACAGCAAGAAAACAGCAUAACACAAGAACCCACGAGAAAGCACAAAUACCAAACAAACACACAAGGACACAAAAAUCAUUUAAACUUAAUCAUGAAUAUUUGAUAAUUGAAAUUAAUCUAUAACACUACGAUAAUAAUGAUGAUGAUAAUGAUAAUGUUGAUCAUGUUGGGGAGAAGCUUAGCAAUGUUUCUAAUCUAAAGCAUAAAAGCAAACAAGCGAGUUAAGAAUUGUAUUGUAUGUAUUUAGCAAUUGUAAUUUGUAAUGUAUUUAAUUGGGCGAAAGUGAAUUCAAACGCAAUCAGCAAUUAGAAACAACAAACGAUUGGCUCAACGGGAAUGUUAAAAAUACUAAUUUAAGUUUUGUUUAUUCAUACCUUUUUGUUAUCAAUUGAUUUAUUCAUAAUUUAGAAAGUAACGCAAACACUUGUUUCAUGGGCUGCUAAUUAACUGAUAAGCGAAAUGAAAGCAAAAAUAUAUUGUAUAUCAAAUAAGAGCAAAUUGAACACACGCAGAGACAUCAGCAAAGAGUUUCCCCACCAUUGAGUAUAUCGAGAAACACUCUACCCAAAAAUCGAAAGGUAUUCGCCUAGGGAAACCCCAAAAACCAACAACCAAUUAAUGUUUGUAUGUACUAGUCUAUACAUGAAGCAGCUGGACAGGUGUUUCGGCCAUCGGAGAGUAGGGAAAGAUAUCAGAUUAUCAGAUUAUCAAAUUAGCAGGUCCCCCAGAUGUAGGUUUUCCACUUCCUAAAGCGAUCUCACUAUAGGCACACGAGAAUGUUAUUGUUAUUCCGUUCUCGGAAAGAGAAGAUCACAAAUAAGUAAUGCUAAAGGCACAAUCAAUAUGUUGCAUGGGAUCAACUUAGAAAACUUUGAGAAAAACUAGCGAAAAAAUACGAAAUUUAGCAGAGAGUGCGGGCUGAGAAUGGGGAAUGGGGAAAAGAUGUGUGCACAUGGGUGACAUUUGCUUAAACCGCUUUAAAUAUAUAUAUAUUAUAAUAUAUAUCUUUUAUUUUCGGGCCAUAUCGAAAACGAAUCAAAGCAAUAUCGACGGCCUGGACAAUGUGUACUUAGUAUAUCCCUGUUUUUGUUGCUGUUCAAUACCUGUACUACCACCCUUGACCUAAACCCACACCUAUAUCUCUAUUUAUAUAACUGAAUGAGCUUAAACUAUGGUAAAGCCUAAGCCUAAACCUAAACGACUCCAACUACUUUAUAUGAGUGUAACCGUAUUGUUUUGAACAAACAGCGUAACUAAACAAAUCUUAGUGGGAUAAUCAAUGAACUUGCAUAUGUAGGUAUAAUAUUAAAUUAAACAAAUUCAACUGGCAUACCAACAGUCGAGAGGUGUUCAAAGCUAAAAGAAACUACAUAUAAAGAAACCGAAAAUAUCAUAAAUGUAAAAUUGCUACAAGUCGUUCAAAUUGUCAGCAAGAAAUAAUAAAACUAAAGUAUAUAAAAGUA